AUGGCCUAUCUACGAGAGGAUUUCACGAGCCGGGAGCAGCGCGAUCUCAUGAGCGUGAGCAGCGAUGUGCUGUUUGCAGAUCCUCUUGGAGUCCGAGAAGGCCCUGGAGACCGCAAGCCUUCUCACAUGGACUACGGAGGCAUCACGCAACCAGGCCCACUGCACGCGUCUAGAGGGGGCCUGGACUCUGAGUUUGUGUACUCAGACCGCUAUGGGUACAAUGGUGGUGGUCUCAAGGGAGGCGGUGCAGGCUAUCGGCGGCACCUCGACGAGGAAGAGUACACGCCAAAGGAGUACAGGGCCUCUCAGUAUGCCGUGCCUAGGGACGAAGUGCUAGAGCCUGAGGACUAUGGCGUUCAACUUCAGGAGACCCUGGGCCAUUUCGGCUCCUACUUGUGGAGCUUCGUCGCCGGGGGUCGCCAGUGCUGCUCCAUGCGGGAUCGAAAUCGCAAGGAGGAUGUGGAGGCCCUCGCUUGCCAGGGCGACGUGCUCGGGGAAUCGGGCUUGUCAAAAAACAGUCGCGGCUUCGUCUUAGCGUUGCAUGCUUUUUCCUUUAGUCCUAGAGGGGUGGUUCAGGUGCUGACUUGUGUGCUUGUGACGCUUGUGUGUGUCUGUGCUGAUCAUCGGAUUGUCGAUGCCAGGUAA